AUUCAGUUCACUCAAAACCCACGUAUUGGGUGCGCAUACACGAUUUGUCGUCCGUGAUCGGAGCCGGUCAGUAAAGCGAGAAAUAGCGGCUGAAUGAAUGAACAUUACCGAAACAAACUCAACCUGUGUAAAGUGCUCACAUACACAGCUAUCACCGUUAGUGUUGGUGACUUUGUGACUACAAGAUAAGCUUUUAAGGUGGUAGUUUAGACAUCAGGUCAGCUCAUUUGCCAUUACGCAGUGAUACGGACAGAGAAGAAUAGAACAAGUGUGUGCUUAAUCCGCAAUGGCAUUUCUCUCGAUACGACUGGUGGCCACAGCUGCAGUGAAAAGUGCCAAUGCAAACCUAACGAACAAUGUCAGAAAGUGUGCUAUCCCCCUGACGUCGUCGGCCUUGGAUCGGCAGAUUGGUUCCGUCGCACGGUUCAGUUCCGUUGUCUAUCGACCGCAGAAGCACUAUGAACUGCAACAAAGGCAGCAGCACACCCAGGCAGCUCUACUGAACGAAGCUAUGAACGUUUCUGAUCAGCAUAUAAACAUGGCCACUCCGAGCCGUGAUCUCACGAUACAGGAAAUCUCCCGCAGUCUCCAGCUGUACUCCAAAGAUCGGAACCCCAUUGAAAAAGAUCCAAAGACACUACGAGUUGGGAACCUCUCGAAGCCAACAGUUCUAAUCUUCGCAUGGCUAAAUGCCAAGCAGAAGCAUCUGGCCAAGUAUGCCAAGUUGUACACCGAACAGGGUUACGACGUUGUUGUAACUCAGCUCACACCUUGGCAACUGCUCUGGCCCGUAAAGGGUAGUCAGCUCGUUGCAGCCGACAUCGUCAAGUUCUUGAAGAACAACGAGUUCAAGAAUGGCCUUAUCUUCCACGGUUUCUCCGUCGGAGGUUACCUGUGGGGUGAGUGUUUGGUGCACAUUGCGCGGGAUCUGCAAAACUACCAGGUCGUGCUGGAUCGCGUCAAGGGUCAAAUCUGGGACAGUGCAGCGGAUAUCACGGAGAUCCCGGAAGGGGUGCCUCGGGCUUUGUUUCCCCGAAAUCCGACCUUGCAGAAUGCGCUGCGGCAAUACAUGAUAUACCACAUGAAAGCAUUUCACGAACCAGCCACAUCGCACUACAUCCGGUCCAGCCAGAUGUUCCACACCAACUUGCUGAGAUGUCCCGCUCUGUUCUUGUGUUCGAAAACGGACCCCGUCGGAACGGAGUUGGCCAACGGACGCGUACGAGACAACUGGGAGAUCAAUGGCGUCAAGUGUACCUUCAAGUGUUGGGACCGUUCGCCACACGUGGGACAUUUCCAGAAACAUCCGGAAGAGUAUGUAGAGCUAGUUUUCAACCACGUCCGGCAGCUGGAACUGACCGGCCAGAAGCAGCAGCAGCAACAGCCACUACGAGCGAAACUAUAAUUGGAAGCGUUAUUUUUUCUGUGAUACUUAAGACAAUUUUAUGUGGAAUUCUUGAUUCACUUCAAAUUUUUGUUUGCAUUGAAUUUUAUCGAGUGUGAAAUUAGUUUGUAGCAGUAUAUUACAUAUAGUAGAUUGAUCCCGAAAGCAGAAUACGUUCUUCAGUAGCCCAGCUAAUGUUGAGAAGAACAUGCCGGUUAUGUGCAAAUCAUGCUGGGCACUGGUGAAUUGAACGUUCAUCGUGGUAGAUCAUGUAGAUGUGUAUAGAUUGCAUCCUAUUCGAAUUCUACAAUAUGUCCAGUUUUCUAAUGGAAACGCUACUGGUUCAUAACCUGUCGAACGAAUUUUCUACAUACCUUACAAUCACACACUCACCAUAUUAUGUGUAACCAAUGGAUAUUAGGGAAAUAAAAGCUAAAAAACAGGAA